AUGUCGUGCACCGCGCCCGGCAUCCUCACAGCGUGCAUGUGGGUGUACGACCACGUGGCGUGGGCGGUGCCUGCUGCUGAGCACGUUCCCGGCGCCCUGCCCACCGCCCUCGGCGCCUUUGUCUUCUUUGCCGCCCUCAACGUUGCCGUCGGCGCCGUCUCGCGCGCCUGCCUGACCUUUGUGGCCUCGGCGCCGACCAAGGAGCAGGCCAAGUGGAACAACAUCGGCACAUCGCUGCUGCACUCGCUGCUCAUCGGCGUCCUAUCCGUCGCCGCCAUCGGCGCUGUCGGCGUCCGCUCCGGCGGUGCCAUCGACGUGCUGUACAACUCGGAUCCGCUCCUCCGCGCCGUCCUCGCCUUCUCCACGGGCUACUUUUGGUAUGACACGGCUGACAUGGCAAUCAACAGGAUGUACCUCAACCAGCCCAUCGUCUGGUUCCAUCAUGUCGUUGUCCUCACCCCGUUCACCCUCGCCCUUCUCCUCGACGCCUACGAGCCCAUCCUCGUCAUGGGCCUCGUUGUCGAGGCCAACACUGCCCUCCAGCACGCUCGCCGUCUCUUCACCAUCCUUCACGCCCGCUCCUCGCUCGGCUUUACCGUCACUCUCGCCCUCCUCUACGGCUCGUUCAUCCCCAUCCGCAUCGCCCCGCACGCCGCCAUCGCCUACGCCGCUAUCUGCGCCACACACGCUGGCGCCUUUGCCAUCCCCUGGCACGCCGCCGUCGCCAUCCUUGGCUCCAUCUUUAUCACCAUCGUCGACUGCGGCAUCUUUGUGGUCAUGCUCCGCUCCGACUGGCCCUGGCUCAUCGGUCGCGCCCCCCACGCCGCCGCCAGCCUCGAGCCCGUUGGCGUCGAUGACCCUGCUGUCACGCACGCCUCCCGCCACAAAGCCGACUAA